CGCGCGCCGCGCCGCGCGUCAGUGUGCCGCGCGCCUCGUUACGAAUCGGACCGUUUCUCAUUUCCGAUCGAUCUCUCGAAACGGACGAUCUCUCCGCACGGCAGCGCGAAAAGUAACUGGCGAACGCGCGGCACGCACCGCGGCCAGCCGGAGAUAUCGCAUCGCCGCGAGCAAGAGAGUGUGUGAUUCUUCAGCGGAGCAUCCUCGGUGCGCUCGUAAGCGCGGCGGCGCAAUCGCCCUUGCCACCCAUCCCUUUCCCCCCGCUGAAAUUCAAGUCGCUGCCCUUCGUUUCUCCGUCUCCCCGCCCCUCUCCCUCUCUUUUUCAUUCUCUUUUUCUCUCUCUCUCUCUCUCUCUCUCUCUCUUUCCCCCUUUUUUUCCCCAUACGCCCGCGCCUUUGUCCCUCUUCGUCUUUUGCUCCGUCCUUCUCUGUCCUUCCCCGUCCGCCUCCAGUGCAGUCGCCGUUGCCGCCGCCGCCGCAGCCGCCGCCGCCGCCACCGCCGCCGCCGCCACCGCCGCCACCGCCGCCACCCGUCGCCACGACGUCGCGCGAGCGCGAGCGCGAGUGCGCUCGCCGCUUUUCCACCGCGUUCCCGUUUGCCCGGCCCCGGGUCUGCGCGAGUGCCUAACCCAGCGAGAGUGCACGGGACUCCGUCCGGAGGCGCAGACGCACCGUGCCGUGCCGCAGCCUCUUCUCCACGGCGCGAAUUUCCCGCGAGGGAAUCUGCCCCUCUUAGCGAGACGACGAGACACGGAGGAAGGCUUCUCCUCGUCGGCGACGACGACGCAGAUAUGGCGCGCGAGGAAGACCGGUGGUGCUUCUUUAACGGUGCGAACGCGCGACGACGACCUUCGCGAAUCCCGCUGCUGCUCGUCCUGUGCUGCACGCUCCUCCUCGGAUCCUUGGCAGUUGCCGCCGAGACCGAUGGAUCAGCCUACUAUUACGCCGUGUCGAGCGGCAGGUCGUCGAUCAAUUUUCGGCCGUCGAGCAUCAAGCUGAUCGACGGGGAUGCGCAGCUCGCGAGGAGGCGACGGGCGACGCCCGACAAGUCCGUCGUGACGACCGAGCAGAAGGACGAAAGCAAGGAUCUGACGGAACAAUCGCAGCACCUGCGGUUGGAGUCACAGCCGCCGUCGGAGAAACAGCCGCCGUCGCAGCCGCAGCAACAGCCGGAACAGAAGCCGCAGCAGCAACAGCAACCGCCGGAGCAGCCGUCUGUACUGAGCACGACGACCUCGCCCGCGGACGUUACUUACUCCCGUGACGGAUCCUCCACUGUAGCUUCUGCAGCUCCUGUCGGGAGCAUCGACGUCAAGCCGGAUCCCAAGAAGAAGGUGACGGUGUCGCAGCCGAUGAACCCGGCUGCCGGCGUGGCAGCCCCGGGAGCGCUGCCAGUACCACCGCACGUCUGGGCCAAUCGCACGAUGUGGAGCAACGCGACGAGCGGCAAGGAAUGGCAAGGUGACGACGAUAAGAACCAGACGACGACGGUGGAACCGCCGGCGGUGAAGGAGGACGCUACGGAGGACGACAAGACGGAGAGCGACAUCGGCGACAUUUCCAUCAGCAAGUUCUCCGACGUGACCGACACCACGCUCUCGCUGAACAACAUCACCAAGACGGUCUACGACACGCACAAGUAUUACAACAGUACCUUCAUCAUCGACCCGAACGUCUGCAAGAAAUAUUGGGUGGAUAUGGACAAUCAUCCGGAGCUCAAAGUCAACCAUCUUCUCAGCCAGAGUCAUCGACGCGCUGCGACCGUCAAGCUGAAAUUCGACUUCCCGUUCUACGGGCAUAAGGUCCGCAACAUCACAAUCGCCACCGGCGGUUUCCUCUACACCGGCGAGUACGUGCACAGCUGGCUGGCGGCCACCCAGUACAUCGCACCGCUCAUGGCGAAUUUCGACACCCGCCUGUCGAACGCCAGCUACGUCAAGUACGCCGACAACGGCACGGCGUUUACCGUCGAGUGGGAGAAGGUGGUGCUGCAGGACAAGCCAGAAGCCGGCGCGUUCACUUUCCAAGUGACCUUGCAUCAGAACGGCGACAUCGUGUUCGUCUACUCGGUCAUACCGCUGGUGGUCGAACAGAUCGAGGACAAGAUGCAUCCUGUCAAGGUUGGCCUCAGCGACGCCUACAUCAUGGACAGGACCGUGUUCUUCGUGCGGCGGAAAACCAUCUACGAGUACCACCGCGUCAACUUCAACCGGCAGGACAUAAUGAACUGCACGGUCAUCUACCUGAAAGCGCUGCCCACUUGCCUCGACAUAGACAACUGUUGGGACUGCCUGACGAAAGUGUCGGACUUCGACUGCAAGUGGUGCCCGGAACUGAACCAGUGCAGCACCGGUACUUUCCGCUCGCGGCAGGAUUGGGUGCUGAAGGGCUGCGACAUGCGCAACAUCAAGGAGUCGCACAACUGCCCGGAGCACAUAAAGUCCUACAAGGGCGAGGAAUACGACCACGUGCAUCCCGAGGACGUCGUCACUGAAACGAUCGGGAAGCAGGAGAAGCAGGAGACAUUAGGCAAGAAUAUAUUGGAGAACUCACGCGACAACAUGAACAUGAGCGUCUCCGGCAUUAUCGGUAUUCUCACCGUCAUCGCUUUGGUGGUGGGCCUUGUGGGCUGGGGUGCAUAUGCUUAUCGCAAUCCCCACAGUGCAUCGGGUCAGAUGCUGAUAAGGUACCGUCCGAGCCAAUGGAGCUGGCGACGAGGCGAGGCCCGUUACACGGCCGCGACCAUUCACAUGUGAUGAGGUGUCAACGGGGAUCAAGUCACAGUCAAUAACGAAACUGUCGGACCAAACUUCCUAUUAACUGUACAGCGUAUCGAGUCUGCGAGUUGAAAACACAGGUCCUGGACACGUGAGCUCUCGGGACGCCGCGCUGCUCGUCAGGUUUACACUCAAUCAUGCAAUUAACGCGAAUAUUCAUUUUCUCACGGCGGUCACGCCGUGACGACGAAGCGGAAUCGACGAGCCGAUCGAAGUGUCGAGCUCUUCACGUCGUUGAGGCUGACCGGGUGAUCGCCACCGAUCGGGGAAGCGAGGGACGAGCUCGACGGACAAUUUGACAUCUGCACUUGAACUUUUGCACACGCUAGCUUCGCGAAGCUUCGGAUCGACGCGGGCGGCGAGAUUCAUUGGUGACGUAGAUCCUAGGACCUACGAGGACCAAGCAACGAACGGAGCCCACCGGCCUUCCGAGGGAUAACACUUUGCACGACGACGAGCGCUUCGUCGCGCGAGCCGUUUUUGAUUUUCACGUUCGCGACGAAGACAUCAUGGACGUGUUCACGUUUAAGUCUCUUUUGGGAAGAACUCUUCCCGCUUUGUAUGAUUUUUUUUCAAUGUUACAAUGACGUAGAACAGACUUAGCUCGUGUACGUAGGGCAUAUACAGGGUGGGAAAUUAUCACUGUCACGCAUGUGUGAGACGCUGGUGACGAACGUGUUAAAACAUGACCGAUGACUCGAGCUGCGAGCGACCAAGUGCCGACUGUCGAGCGCGGCUAAGAGCAGAUGUCUGCGACGGUUUCCCGAAGGUUUCCCGAAGGUGAUCGUAAUAUCGAAGCAUGGACGACGUCCGUCCGCGUCGAGCAUUUAUGUGAUUCUCAGCAGCGUGCGGCAUAUCUUGUUAUUGUUUAAGAAUCCGUUUUCUUUCUUAAUCGUUAGACAGAUCGCAGCAAUUUUAUUGUUUCGUGCAUGCAAAUGUUCGCGGUGAAUUCACGUUCAAGCAAGAAAGGAGAAAAAUGCGAAAAAAAAAGAGAAGAAGGAAACGAAGAACGAAUUAAUCGAGUUAAAAUGAAUGUUUCAAGUUCCGAUUCAGCUACGUGUUGAAGCUACAGUUCGUCGCGAGCUCUUCGCGCGGUAAGAGGAGAAACGAAAGGAAGAAAGAAAAAAUCAUCCUGAACAAUCUGUUGAUUCAGCGACUGUGUCGCGAUCGGAAAUUCGUUUUGAAAUUGUUCGGACUAUUGUCGCUACAUUCCAAAGAACACGUUCUCGAGAAUGAAUUACGAUGCCACAUGCGAGCUGUAGUUUCAACCAUCUAUUUUUUAUCACAAACAAACACAAACACACACACACACACACACACACACACACACACACACAUACGUACACAUACACAGACGUAUACAAACAUAUCUAUAAAUAAAUAUAUAUAAAUGAUUAUAUACAAUGACUAUAUACAAAUAUAUUUUACGACGAGAUUUUUGGAUGAUUAUACGAGCAAUUUGUAACACGCGUAAAAGAACGACAAGAGCGGAAAGCGACAAGAAAAAAGGACAGAAAAGAAUCAUGAAGAAGAAGAAUCAGGAAAACGGCGCGAAAGGAAUUUUAUAAAUUUUAUAGUAUCUACACGGUAAUUAUUAGGUCGUGAGUGUAUAUAGUAGUUUUAUGAGAAGCAAUAUAAUUUUUAUCUAAUUAUAAGUGUAUAAUUCAAUGUCAAAAACGGUGCCUUCUUUGUAAACUUUCGGACGCGACGACAUAUCGCAUACAACAAGUAGAAACGACGAGAGGUCUGAGGGGAAAUCUCAGCGUUCGCGCGAACGAGACGUUUCUUCGGAUCGACCUCCACCAGCAGGCCGCACGAUUUCGAAUCACCUCUUUACGAAAUAACCCGAGACAAGACGCAAUUAUGCGUGAAAAGCAUCCCAAUUGUCCGUUUGUUAGAUAAUCGUAGCGUAGUUGCACGGACUCGUCGCUCGCUGAAACUCGCGAUUGGCUUCAUCGCACGGCGAGUCAACGGAGGGACGGAAAUUAUUGUUAAACUUGCGAACGGCUUUUCUUACAUUACUGUGUACGAUGUAACUCCUAGUUUGUGAUAAUAAAUAUUAUAAUUAUUAUAGUA